CUUCAAGGUAGGAGGAUGGUCUCAUAUCAUUUAUAUGGACUGGAGUGACAUAUAAUUAAAUUAAUUUUAUACGCGUAAACUUGUCCUACUCUACUUUGAUUAUUCUUUAAAAUUAGUCAAUAGUGAAUGAUCAAUACUUGCUUUGGCUAUAGUGUAGUUGAUUGGAACUUGCCUGAAUGGUUAAUGGUAAAGAAAUUGGCAUUAUUGAUGAAAUGAUAUUGUUGGUGUAGAAAAGCCUUCUCUGCUUCUCUGACCAGUCUGUGUUGUGUACCAAAGGGAAAGCGAAGAUCUUCUCUACAAGAUUUUCCAUGGGUAACCUUCUUUAUCUUAUGAUCAUCCCCUUCUUAUUGUUCCUUACAACUACCCAUGCAAAAUCAAAUCCUCAUUGUCCACCUUCUUCUUGUGAUAAUAUCAUCAACAUAACUAGUCCUUUCCGACUUAACACCGAUCCAAAACACUGUGGCUACUCUCAUUAUGAGCUUUCCUGCGAGAACAAUCUUACUGUAUUACACAUAGAUCCUGUCAAAUACUUUGUGCAGUCAAUCAAUUAUGCCAACUACACAAUUCGAGUUGUGGACUCCAAUGUUGACAGGAACAAUUGCUCCACCUUUCCAUCUCCAACAUAUUUUCGUCGCUACAAGUACUUUACAAAGAUUAUAGCAAUCUUGAAAUGUGAGAAUCCAGUAGUGAAUUCCUCUGAUUAUAUAGACACCGCUCCUUGCAACAUUGGUGGUUCUUUAGCCUCCCAAUAUUCCGAAACCAAAACUACUACUGCUGCUGAUCUUUAUUAUUAUUAUGUGGUCGAUGGUGGCUUUAAGGUUUCUGAUUUGGCGAUUGGGUGCCGCACGGAGCUAAGGACCUUCGUAUCGAAUCAGAUAGUGGUGAAUGGGAGGACUACUUCUUAUGUGGACAUUCACAACCACCUUGCUUAUGGCUUUGAGCUUUCAUGGUUGAACUCAGAUGGGGGUCUCUGCUUCAUCAACGAUUCCAACGAGAGGCAAUGUUGUAAGUAG